AUGUCGGCGGCCCGCCGGCUCGGCCCCAAGGCCAAGCCGCUGGUGAACGCCUGGACGCAACAGCUAGGCAGCGCCCUCACCGUCGUCGACACAGCGACCGGGUCGACGGCGCGCACCGCGCACGAUCUCCCCCUCCUCCAGACCAGCCUCUGGUGGUCCCGACAACCGCCCCACACCACCGGACAGAUCACGAAAGGGCUGCGCCCGUGGUCAGGGACUCCGGACGCGGAGGCGCAGGGUCGCCGGAAGCACCCCGUCGCCGCGGCCGGCUCCGGCGCGUCGCUGUCGCGCGCCCUGGAACGUAGCCGCGACCCGCUGGCAGCGCAGGCGCGGCAGGCCGACAUCGCCGCCUCGAAAAGCAUCAACAAGCGCAUCGUGCGCGCGCGGACCAUCGCCCAGGUCCUGGCGCUGCUCGACGAGAUGCUCCCGCAGAACGGCGCGCUCCCGCGGGUCCGCCUGAACGCCGUGAACGUCUCCACGGCGUUGCACCGCCUGGCGCGGGCCGCGCACGAGGCCGGCAGCGCGACGGGGGGCGGCGCGAGCGCGGGGCUGACGGACGCGUCCGGGCGCAGCAUGGGCGCCCGCGCGGCCGCGCACGCCGCGCGCCUGAACGCGAUGGCCGCGCAGCUGCUACGCGACAUGGACGCGCAGGGCAUCUCCAACCUGAUGUGGGCGAACGCGACGCUCCGGCGGACGCUGGGCCCGACGACGAUGGACGCUGCGUUCCAGACGAUCGCGGACGAGCUCGUCGCGCACCUGGGCACGGGGCCCGGCGGGGCGGCAUCGGGGCAGACGGACCCGGGGCAGCGGCUGUGGGAGGCUGUGGUGGCCGAGGCGUGGAGCCGGCCGCAGAGCCGGUUCUGCCCGCAGGCGGUCGCGAAUAUGCUGUGGGCGCUGUCGGCGCUGCAGCACGCGCCGCCCGCGGGCUUCCUGCGGGACUUCACGGCGGCGGCCGCGGAGGUCCUGCCCGACUUCGCGCCGCAGCAUCUCAGCAUCUCGCUCUACGCGUGCGCGACGAUGGACUUCCUCCCGCCGCGCGAGUUCCUCGACGGCCUGUCCGAGCAGAGCGUGUUCUGCAUGUCCGGGUUCAAGCCCCAGGAGCUGUCCAACCUCGUCUGGGCUCUGUCCAAGCUGGGCAUCCGCGACGCGCGCAUCCUGGACGCCGUCGCCGCGGUGUGCCGCACGCGCUUCGGCGCGGACCAGACGUCGGCCCUCGCGAGCGCGCGCCGCCCGCAGCACGCCGCGAACAUCCUCUGGGCGUUCGCGACGCUGCGCCACCACCCGGGGCCCCGCGCGCUGUCCGCGCUGAUCUCCGACGUGAGCUGCCGGCUGCACGAGCUGCGCCCCGCGGACCUCGCGGCGCUCGUCUGGGCCUGCGCCGAGCUCGGCGAGGCCCCGGGCGUGCUCGUCGGCGCCCUGCGCGCCUUUCUCUCGGGCGGCGGCGCCGGCGAAGCCGCGGCCGGCUGCGGCCCGCACAGCCUGUCCACGCUCCUCUGGGGCCUCGGCGUCAUGGGCGCGCUCGAUGCGCCGCUCUGGGCGCGGUUCGUCGGCGCGGUCGACGACGCCGUUCCGCGCUGCGGCGCCUCGGACGCCGCGCUCCUGUACGAGGCCGCGCUGCUGACGCACAGCAGCGACGACGACCACGGCGGCCUCGAGCAGCUCUCCGACGCGUCGGUCUCCGCCGCGCACGCCGGCUGGAUCUCCUCCGGCGAGCCCGCGCUGCAAUCCGCGGACUGCUUCCACAUGGACGUGUUCGGGGCGCUCAGCGCGCUCGGCGUGGCGUUCGAGCCGCGGUGGCGCGCCGCGGACGGCUCCCUCCGCGGCGAUGCUGCGCUGGUGGGCCCCGACGGGUCCCUGAAGAAGGUGCUCCUCCUCGACAACGCCAGGAUGUUUUGCGUCAACGUGCUCAAGGGCGAAGAGGUCCCGCGCCCGCUCGGGAAGGCGAUCGCGCGGCGCCGCACGCUCGAGCACUACGGCUACGGUGUCGUCUCGCUGCCGUACUGGGCCUGGGACGCGCUCUCCGCCGACGCGCGAGUGGACUUCCUGCGCCUGCUGCUGGUAGAGGACGCGUCCGCGGGCGAGGCGCUGGCGUGCCUGCGCGUGCGCCCGGCGCUGCGCGACGACGUGUCUGAGGACGGCGGCCAGCGGCGCUGGGCGCAGUACGUCGACGCGAGCGCCCCGAACGAGGCCGCAGAGCAAGCGGCCGUUGCCACCGCGAACCAGCAGCGGCACCGGCACGCCAUGGGCCCCGAGGGCCACUGGGAGCUCUCGCACCCGCUGUCGGGGAUGGCGGCGCGCAUUCUGAACCCCGCGGCGCCGGAGUUCCGCGUCAGCGAGUUUGCGUCGACGGCUGCGUCGUCGCGGACCACCGGGACGGGGGACGACGUCGGGGAGCGGGCGCCGGCGGCUGACUUCCUCUCGUGGGCGUCCAAGGACGUCAACGACCUCGCGCACGACGCGGGCGCCGCGGCGGCGAUCGCGUCGGCGACGCACGUGCUCGGCAGCGACGAGGGGGUGUGGGCGCCGCCGCUGCGCUCGGCGCUGCACAACGGGGAGUGCGAGAACCUGCCGCUGCCGUCGGGCGCAUUCCUGCGGGAGAUGCAGGCGCUCGCGGGCGGCCUCCUGUCGCAGUCGGCCACGUCCAGCAACAGCCUGAUGGCCGACAUCGUCUUCCCGGCCACGCGGUGA